UUCAGUUCCGGCCUCACAGGGGCGGGGAGAAGCGGGGAACAUGCGGCUCUCGGUGGCCGCGGCCAUCUCCCACGGCCGCGUAUACCGCCGCCUGGGCCUUGGUCCCGAGUCCCGCAUCCACCUGUUGCGGAACUUGCUUACGGGAUUGGUGCGACACGAACGCAUCGAGGCGUCGUGGGCACGCGUGGACGAGCUGAGGGGCUACGCGGAGAAGCUCAUCGACUAUGGGAAGCUGGGAAACACCAACGAACGAGCCAUGCGCAUGGCUGAUUUCUGGCUCACGGAGAAAGACUUGAUCCCAAAGCUGUUUCAAGUACUGGCCCCUCGGUACCAAGGUCAGAAUGGGGGCUACACGAGAAUGCUGCAGAUCCCAAAUCGGAAUAUGCAGGAUCGGGCCAAGAUGGCAGUGAUCGAGUAUAAAGGGAACUGUCUCCCACCCCUGCCCCUUCCUCGCAGAGACAGCAGCCUUACGCUCCUAAACCAGCUGCUUCAGGGUCUGCGGCAGGACCAGGAAGCAAGCACCCACAGCUCCCACACAGCUCAAGCACCAGAGAUUUAACUGGAGCCAAAGGGUAUGUGGCCCUCGUCAGUGUCAAUGAUCCACAGACCUUGGGAGCUCUGUUAAUCUCUAGGAAGAACUGGAGUUUGAGUUGUAAUAAUGGACUGUCUGAUUGGAGCCCAGAACCUUCUGGGAGCCAGAUAGCUCUCUCUUUGCACACAGAUAAAAUUCAUUGUAUGGAUAUAUGUAAAGUGCUUUUUUUUUUUCCUCUCUCCUUGGGAUUUCUGGAGAAUAAGAACUAUCCACAUGCUCGGUCUGUGUGGGAUAAUAAAUUCAUGGUGUGUGUUUCUGGCUUUUAAA